CAGUCCGGCUGUAUAUAAGCCUUGGUCAGCGCACGUCCAAUGUCCAGUUCGAACACAAAGUGCGCGCGCGAGUUGUGAGUGUGUGUGUGUGUGUUGUGUGAUUGUGUGUGUGAAAUUUUUUUCUGAAGCACCCCCAAAAAAUCGAAGAUGGCUUUCAAGCACGCGUGCGUCCUCUUCCUGGCCGUAGCAGCUGUGAACGCGGGCGUCAUUGGUUACGGUGCCGCCCCCGCCGCAGUUGUCAAGACGGUUGCCGCCGCCCCAGAGCCCUACGACCCCCACCCUGAGUACUCAUACAACUACGGCGUCCACGACGGCCACACUGGAGACAUCAAGGACGCCCAAGAGACGCGAUCUGGUGACCAUGUGGUGGGCCAGUACUCCCUCGUCGAGCCCGACGGCACCAAGCGUAUCGUCGACUACACUGCUGAUGACGUCAAUGGCUUCAACGCGGUUGUCCGCAAGGAAGGUGUCGCAGUCCACGCUGCACCGGUUGUAAAGACCGCGAUUGCCGCCCCUGCUGUCUCCUACGCCCCCGCCCCCGCCGUGUCCUACGCUGCUGCCCCCGCCGUGUCCUACGCUGCUGCGCCCGCAGUCGUUAAGUCCUACGCCGCUGCCCCUGCCGUGUCCUACGCCGCCGCCCCCACCGUGUCCUACGCUGCUGCGCCCGCCGUUGUUAAGUCCUACGCGGCCGCCCCUGCCUUGUCAUACGCCGCUGCCCCCGCCGUGUCCUACGCCACUGCCCCCGCAGUCGUUAAGUCCUACGCCGCUGCACCCGCACUGUCGUACGCCGCCGCCCCCGCCUUGUCCUACGCUGCUGCACCAGCCGUCAGCUACGCCGCCCCUGCGGUGGUUAAGACCGCCGUUGCCGCCCCCGCAUCCGCGUCCUCCGCGGCCCCCGCCGUUUCCUCCUCGUACAUAAGCCAGGCCAGCUCCAUCGGCUACGCCAAGGCUAUCGCCCCCUCUGUGAGCUACGCUGCCGCCCCAGCCGUGAGCUACGCCGCUGCCCCCGCUGUGAGCUUCGGCGCGCCUGCGGUCAGCUACGGCGCAUCUUCCGCCCUUUCUUAUGGCGCGGCUCUGGCUGACCCCAACUGCCGCUACGGCCACGGCGCCGCCUUGUACUAAGUGUCAACCGGAUCGACCCCAGGCACGAGCACCCCGCUGUACAUAGAGAAGGCUGAACGAUGCCACCGCUACGACCUGGGAAGGAACCUUGAAAAAUGAAACUUGAAAAAAAAAAUCAUGUCAUUUCAUUAUCUGUCGCAGAAUGAUCUUCACCAACACACAUCAACCAUCGCACCGCGUUAUCAUAUUGCUAACGCCCUAGGGCCCAUAUUUGUCAGAAUACUGUAUUUAUUUAUUUAUUCUGUCACGUAAUUUAUCAGGGUAAAAUAAAAAAGUAUAAAACAA